AAGCUGAAGCUGAGACUGAAGAUGGAGAAGAUGAUCGCAGUGGGUUUGGUAUGGGGCGCCACAAACGCUAUCAUGCGCCGGGGUGCGCUUCUCUGGGAUGAAGCUUUGAAAUCCUCUCCAAAGCCACAUCCCAAUUCAAGUCUUCACCAAAAAAUCCUCUUCUCCAUCCGCAACUGGCUCAAGCUUCUCUCCAUUUGGCAAUAUUCCAUCCCUUUUCUCAUCAACCUCUCCGCUUCCGCCACUUUCUUCACUAUUCUCUCCGAUGCUCCACUCUCCGUCGCCGUCCCCGUCACCAAUGCCACGACCUUUGCUGCCACCGCCGUCUUUGGCACCCUCCUCGGCGAACAUACCCACCUCCCUCGCGCUUUCUUGGGUACCGCUCUUAUAGUCGUCGGUGUUUGCUUUUGUAUUAACUCCUAGUUUUUCUACGAUCUUUAUAUAAUUAUUUUUUUCUUUUGACUUGAUUGUGUACUUUUGUUACGAGAUUCGAAUUCGGUUAUAUGCCUAGGGUUCAUGUUUGCAAAUUACUAACAGUUGACUCUGUUACUUGGGCACCAUCACUCUGCCUUGGAAUAUAUAUUGGAACUAGC